AAGCUGUUGAAUUGUAAAUAUUAUUGAAAAGGAAGAAAAUAAAAAAAUAUAUAUAUAUUUACUAUAUAUGUGUACAUUUAAAUCAUAAAAAUAUUUUUUGUAUAUAUUUUUUGAAUCUCACUUUUCCCCCAUCUGUGUGUUCCAUUCUUUUUGUGUUUUGUUAUUUUCUUAUAAAUAAAAAGUAAAUAAAUAACAAAAGGGAAAUUUCGUGAGCAACAGAACAGGAAACAAAAAAAAUAGUAAACAAAUAAACAAAAAUAUAUUAAAUAAACACAUAUUUAUCAUACAUACAAAAAUGUAUGAGAAAACUUUAAAAGCAUUAAUAUUUUUUUUGCUAUUAGCAGAACCGAAUACAUGUAUUACAAAAGCGGAAAACGCAAAUAUGAUAUAUGACAUCAACUAUAAUGAUUUGUCUGAAGACUUAAACCUUGACAAGCGUACACCAUCAAUAUAUUUUAUACGAAGAUCAUGUGUACCACGUGGGGGAAAUUGUGAUCUUAGACCACAUGAUUGCUGUCACAGUAGUUCAUGUCGUUGCAAUUUAUGGGGUUCUAAUUGUCGUUGUCAACGGGUUGGCCUAUUUCAAAAAUGGGGUUAAAAAUAUUUAAAAUGCAGUCUACGUAUGCAUAUAUGUAUAUGUAUUUAUAAGUAUAGGAAUAUUCAUAUAUAUUUAUAUAUAUAUAUAUAUAUACAUAUCAUAUUAUAAUACAUUAUAUUAAAAAAAAUAUUAAAAAUGUUAAAUUAUAUGAAAAGAAUUUUUUAAAUGAUGUAAGCAAAAAAAUUAUAUACAAUAUGUGCAUUUAUUAUAAAGAAAAUUAAAAAGAAAUAACAAUUAUUUUUUAUUAUACAAAAAAAAACUAAUUUAAUUUAUAUUUAUAGAUAAAUAAUGUAUUUUA